CAAAACAUAACCUCAAAAAUAGUGAAUACACAAAACACAACGUCCUAGGUCGUAUAUAUUUCUUUAUUUAUUUACAAAAAGCAAAGAAAAUAUAUAAAAAUGGGAAAACACGAAGUGGGUACACCGAAAUAUAUUGCAAAUAAAAUAAAAGCUAAAGGACUGCAAAAAUUACGUUGGUAUUGUGAAAUGUGUCAAAAACAAUGUCGCGACGAGAAUGGUUUUAAAUGUCAUACAAUGUCUGAAUCGCAUCAUCGACAAUUACUUUUGUUUGCCGAUAAUGCUAAUAAAUAUAUUAAUCAAUUUUCCAAAGAUUUUAGUGAAACGUUUCUCGAAUUAUUGAAACGACAAUUUGGCACAAAACGAGUGCCCGCCAAUCGUGUCUAUCAGGAAUACAUUGCUGACAGGGGUCAUGUUCACAUGAAUGCAACAAUGUGGCUCACGUUGACGGGUUUUGUCAAAUGGCUCGGACGUUCUGGAAAAUGUGUCGUCGACGAAACAGAAAAAGGUUGGUUCAUAACGUACGUUGAUCGCGAUCCAGAGGCAAUAGCAUCGCAAGAGAAACAGGCGAAAAAAGAGAAAAUGGAUCGAAAUGAAGAGGAACGAAUGAUGGCAUUUAUUGAAAAACAAGUCGUAACGGGUCGUCAAAAUCUAUCCGACGAUACAAACGAUGAAUUAACACCAUUAAUAAGAACCGAAGACGAGCCUCUUGUAUUGAACAUGAAAUUAAAACCAAAAUUAUUACCUCCAACAUUAAUAAAAAAUGGAAUUCUCGGUAAACGUAAAGAACCAAUAGAACUCGAAACAAUCACGGAAAUUGACAAUGAAAUGACUUCUUCAAAAUUAAUAAAAAAAGAACAAACUCCAUCAGUGAAAAGUGAAAGCGAACAAGAAUCGUCUUCUUCAACAUCGACAAAUUCAAGAAAUGAAAAAUUAAAAAAAGGUUGGUUACGCAAUGGUUUAGUUGUUAAAAUAAUGACAAAGAAAGUUGGCGAUAAAUAUUAUAAAGCGAAAGGUGUUAUUACGGAAAUUGUUGAUCAGUUAUUUUACGUGGGAAAAGUGAAAAUUAGUUCACCUGAGAAUGUCGAGGGUCAUAUUUUGAAACUUGAUCAGGAACAUCUUGAAACAGUGAUACCGGCAAUUGGACGUGAAGUUAUGAUGCUUAAGGGUAAAAAUAUCGGUGAAAUAGUUAUUGUAAAAAAAGUGAGAAUUGAAGACUUUUGUGUUGACGUUGAACUGAAAACGGGCACUAUUCUAAAGAGAGUUCCAUACGAAGAGAUUUGCAAAUUUGUCAAAAGUUAAAAUUAAUUUUCAAAUUUUUUCUAUCAUUAAACGAAUGUAAAUAUAAUUAUUUAAUUUCUAUUAUUAUUAUUACUAUCAAAGUUUACACUGAAUUCAUUUUUUUUUUUUUUUUUUUUGAGAUGCAAAUUACAAAAUUUUUUUAUUUUUAAAUAUCAACUUUAAUUUUUAAAUAAUUUUAGAUUUCAAAUUAAACAAAAUCCACCUACCAGGGCUCGAAUUAGGUCCGUAAAUUUUUUUCAAGUCCGCAAAAGUCCGUUUUUUUUUUAAAAAGAAACGAAAACUCCGUAAUUUGUUUGAGAAAAGAACGAAAAGUUCGUAAAUUGUAUACGAUAUAAUUUGGAGAAUUUUAAUAAAAUUACAAAUGAUUGCAUAAA